AUCGAAUUACAUGCAUCAAGAUUUUGGGUCGUAAAGAAGCGCUUAUUCCAAACGCGAUCUGUGGUGGUGCUGCUGCUUCAGAAGAAUCAAAGGCAAAACCAAAAACCCCCAUUCAUUUCACAGUCCAGUUAGGGUUUCUUCUUCUGCUAACCUAACCAAAUGGCUGAUCCUGAGCUUGAAGCAAUCAGACAGAGAAGGAUGCAGGAGCUUAUGGGCCGACAUGGCACUGCGGGAAAUCAGCCAAACCCUGAACAACAGAGUGCUCAGGAAGAUGCAAAGAGGGAGGCAGAGGAGAGAAGACAAAUGAUGCUUAGUCAGAUAUUGUCUGCUGAAGCACGAGAAAGACUUGCUCGAAUUGCUUUGGUGAAACCAGAGAAAGCAAAAGGUGUUGAAGAUGUUAUAUUGAGAGCUGCUCAAAUGGGUCAGAUAGCUGAAAAGGUUACUGAAGAAAGACUCAUAACACUGCUGGAGCAGAUUAACAGCCAAACAGCAAAGCAGACAAAAGUUACAAUAACGAGACGUCGAAGUGUUCUUGAGGAUGAUGAUUAGCUUUCACGGUCUCUUAGCUGGGUUUAUUGACUAUUGACUUCAUGCUUUAUUAUGUAUGUAUAUGUGUAUUUGAUGGACAAAUUAUUUUAUGUUUUACAUUGAAAUUUAAAUUUGAGGCGUCUUGCCUGCCACCAAAUUAAACUGCAUAUUUGAUUUAUGUGCGCGAAUGAAUGGAUGUGAAAGGUUUGUUAAUUGUGGAAUGGAAAGGUUUUCGUCCAAUGGCUCAUGCCAUGAGGCAUUACUACA